AUGAAGCAAGAAUCUGCUAGUUUGUGUUUGUUUUUACUGUUUAUUAAGGGAAUAUCGUUAACAUCUGUUCAUGGCCUUCUUUAUACUGACGCUGAAUCACUUCUUCAGGAGGUAUUUAAGAACUACUCAACAGAUAUCCGACCAAAACAGAACAUGUCUGAAGUUUUAGAGGUCUCUCUUAUGCCCAUCGUUUUUUCUGUGAAUGAUUUUGAUGAGGUGUCUGGAACACUCUCCAUUGUUAGUGGCUUUAUGCUAAUUUGGCAUGAUUUUCGAUUGACUUGGAUACCAAGCAACUAUGGUGGCAUCGAGGAAAUUCCAGUUCAAAAGCAAAAACUAUGGAUUCCUAAUAUCUUUUUGAUUGACCCAGCCAAGAAAAUGGAAGCUAUUGGGGAUGAAGACUUUUUGAGCAGAAUUCGUUACACCGGAAUAGUAUCCUGGACACCAGCGGGUCUGAUUCAAACUUUGUGCAACGUUGACAUGUAUAAAUUUCCUUUCGACACACAAUCCUGCACUUUCACGUUAGCUCUGUGGGGAUAUUUGCCAUUUGAAGCUAGAUUAAUCCCUUUUAACAAUAUGACGUCAGCGGAUACGACUUACUACUCCUCGAAUGCUCAGUGGACGUUACAAGGGACAACAAUGAAGCGUUCUGAACUUGGAGAAUACGAUAGUUUAAUUGAAAUUCGACUCAUUUUGAAAAGAAAAUCCCUUUAUUUCGUCAUAAACAUGUUAGCUCCUAUUCUUCUAUUAUCUUUACUAAAUCCUCUAGUGUUUGCCUUGCCGGUUGAAAGUGGAGAACGUGUGUCUUAUGCUAUAACAAUUUUUCUAUCGUUUGCUGUAUUUAUGACAUUGCUUAGUGACAGUAUGCCUAAAUCGUCCGAGCCAAUGUCUUUAAUGUCAUAUUUCUUAAUAGUUACGAUGUCUAUGAGCACACUUAUAUGCGUGUUGGCUGUUGUCACGAUGCGUUUCCAUUUCAAAGACCCUAUUUUACAAGUCUCAAGUAAAGGUGUUUUUAUGCUAAAUGUGUUGCGACUGCGAUUCUUGUGCCACAUCUGUAGAAAACCCAAAAAGAAGUCUAAAGUUGCUGACAAGUCUGCGAAAUUGGAUGUAGCUUUUGAAAAGAAAUAUUCUGUUGCUGAAAAAGAUGCGCAAGAUAUUGGAGUAGAGAAAAAAGUAACUUGGAAGAUAUUAGCGGAGGGAUAUGACAGAGUAGUGACGUACUAUUUUUACAUCUUUGUUGCCAUUCAGUGGUUCAUCCUUAUGAUAGCAUUAAUGUGA